CCUCGAGCAACCCCAUCUAAAUUUUGCUGGCCAGCCAGACCGAGACGACCUCCCUCAAUCAACAACACCCGAUACCAUCUCCACACCCAAUCCGUCAAGAUGGUUCGAUACGCCGCCACCGAGAUUGCGCCGUCCAAGUCGGCCAAGGCCCGCGGUGCCUACCUCCGAGUUUCGUUCAAGAACACCCGCGAGACCGCCCAGGCCAUCAACGGCUGGAAGCUGCAGCGCGCCGUCAAGUUCCUCGAGAACGUCAAGGAGAAGAAGGAGGCUGUCCCCAUGCGCCGUUACGCUGGCUCCAUUGGCCGUACUGCCCAAGGCAAGCAGUGGGGUGUUUCUCGUGCCCGGUGGCCCGUCAAGUCUGCCGAGUUCCUCCUGCAGCUCCUGAAGAACGCCGAGUCCAACGCUGAUGCCAAGGGCCUCGACACUGGUGCCCUGGUCGUCAAGCACAUCCAAGUCAACCAGGCUCCUAAGCAGCGCCGCCGAACCUACCGUGCCCACGGUCGUAUCAACCCCUACAUGUCCAACCCUUGCCACAUCGAGCUGAUCCUCACCGAGGCCGAGGAGGUUGUCCAGAAGUCCGAGGCUGUUGUCGCCCGUGAGGAGCGCCUGAACUCCAGGCAGCGCGGUUCGCGUGUGCGCAAGGCCAUCACCGCCGCCUAAAUUCUCUCAACCAGAGGCGGUGGUCUUGGAUGGUAGUGGCGCCGUGAUGGACUUGUCGGUCGGUCACUGCUGAUUUUAAGGUGGGGGCGGGAGCAAUUCACAAUAAAUGGACUUUGUGCAAAGGGAACGGCUUCGCUUUUUCUGGGACCGGUGUAUUGAGGCAUGGCAUUUCGGGUCAGAAACGGUCUGGCAUGCGAAAAGAAAAUAUCCACGCAAAGCGGAUAAAAUUCACGAAUGAAAUUUCCCAAUACCACAAAGACCAUUUGCGCAG